GGUGCCGUGCCGUGCGACGCCCUCCAUGAUGAGUUGAUCUUCGGCGGGCCUCCACUGCUGAAGCUCACGGCCCUUCCUGCCCGAAGGCGAGGUUUCCGAAGGCGAGGAGGCCUGGGAGCUGCUGGCGGCUUCCACCGUGGCAGUGAACGCCGGCUUCGAGUUGGCGCGGCGGUGCUCCUCCGCGAGGAUGGCCUCGACGGCAGGCCAAAGCUGCAGCUCAUCGACGCUAAGCUCGGGGAGGUCAUCGAGCGGAGGGAGCUCGUCCGCCAGCGGCUCAAGUGA